CGCGCCAUUUUUUUGGAAUCGAAUUUUUAAUUUUCUCUUUUCUCUCAAUGCAAGUUUUUUCUUUGUCGUUUGUUAUUAACCAUUAAUUUAUUUCUCGUUGAUUUAUUUCAAUUUAUUCUUGGUGAUUUAGUUUAUUCUUCAAGAUUUUGGUGACACAAUGACUGAAGAAGCGGUGUUUAAUUAUUUGAAAUCGACAAAUCGACCUUAUAGUGCUAACGAUAUUCAUGGAAAUUUGCAAAGCUACGGAAAGAAAGAUAUUACUAAAGCUUUGGAGAGUUUGGUUGAAAAGGAGAAAAUAUUAACCAAAACUUAUGGAAAGCAAAGUAUCUAUUUCAUCAAUCAGGAUUGUUUCACUGAGGUUAAAGAUGAUGAUUUAAAACAGAUCGAAGAAAAUAUCAAGGUUCUUUAUACCGAAUAUGAAAAACUUUCAAUGGAUUUGAAUGAAAAAAAGGCUGAGGUAUCGCGACGUAAAGAGGUAUUACCAUUGGAAGAGAUAAAUAAAAAGUUAACUAGUUUAAAUGCUGAGAUCAAAGAUUUACAAGCCAAAAUAGAGACAUGUUCAGCUAACAAAGUGGAUUCAAGUUUACUCAAAGAAAGUCAAGAAAAACACGCGAAAAUGAAGAAAGAAGCUAAUAAACGGAAAAGGAUCACCAAAGAUGCAUUUAAUAUGAUUCUUGAGAAUUACGAAGGAACUAAGAAGAGCCUUCUUGAGGAGUUGGAUAUUGAUAUCUCUUAA